AUGGCUACAGUGCGUAUCUGCGUCUGCGGAGAUGAGGGCACCGGCAAAUCCAGCCUCAUCACCUCACUUGUCAAGGGGGUCUUCGUGACGAAUAAGAUCCAGCCCGUUUUACCUCAGAUCACCAUCCCUCCGACGAUCGGAACACCCGAGAAUGUGACGACGACAACGGUGGUAGACACCUCUGCUCUCCCGCAGGAGCGGAAUAAUUUGGCUCGGGAGAUUCGGAAAUCAAAUGUGAUCCUGCUUGUCUACUCAGACCAUUACAGCUAUGAGAGAGUGGCCCUGUUUUGGCUGCCGUACUUUCGAUCUCUGGGGGUCAAUGUGCCCGUGGUAUUAUGCGCCAACAAAUCGGAUCUGGCGGCGGAACACAGCGAGGCACAAGUCAUCGAGGAGGAAAUGCUACCGGUCAUGGCGGAAUUCAAGGAGAUCGACUCGUGCAUUCGUACCAGCGCCCGCGAACACCGAAAUGUCAAUGAAGCUUUCUUCCUCUGCCAGAAGGCCGUCACGCAUCCGAUAGCACCACUGUUUGACACCAAGGAAUCCGCGCUCAAGCCAGCAGCUGUUGCAGCGCUGCAGCGCAUCUUCUAUCUCAGUGACAAGGACCGAGACGGCUACCUCUCCGACAAGGAAAUUGGAGAUUUUCAGAUGAGGUGCUUUGACAAACCUCUGAGCACCGAGGAUCUGGUACACAUCAAAGAGAUCAUUCAAAAGACACACCCGGGCUCCGUUACCCCGUUUGGCAUCGAUUGCCGAGGGUUUAUUCAUUUGAACAAGAUGUAUGCGGAGAAGGGUCGCCAUGAGACAGUCUGGAUUAUUCUACGAGCAUUUCAAUAUACCGACAAUCUCUCCUUGCAAGAGAGCUUCCUACACCCCAGAUUCGAAGUUCCCCCUUAUGCAUCCGCUGAGCUCUCGCCUGAAGGGUACCGAUUCUUUGUAAAUUUGUUCCUACUAUCUGACAAAGACAACGACGGUGGAUUGAAUGACGCCGAGCUGGCGUCUUUGUUUGCACCGACCCCCGGUCUCCCCGCUUCCUGGGCGGACGGCUCUUUCCCUUCCUCCACCGUUCGAAAUGAAGCUGGUCACGUCACCCUUCAAGGCUGGCUUGCUCAGUGGAGCAUGACGACCUUCCAAUCACCGAAAACAACCUUAGAGUAUCUCGCUUACCUUGGAUUCGAGUCAUCCGAUCGCAGCAACCCCUCUACAACAGCCGCAUUAAAAGUCACUCGACCGCGAAAGCGGCGAAAGCGCCCCGGACGCGUGGGACGAAAUGUAGUCCUGGGCCACGUGCUUGGGGCUCCUGGAUCGGGCAAAUCCGCCCUUCUCGAUGCCUUCCUCUCUCGCGGUUUCAAUAGUACCUAUCGCCCCACCAUCCAACCCCGGACUACAGUCAACACAGUUGAACUGCCGGGAGGCAAACAAUGCUACCUCAUCCUGGACGAGCUUGGCGAGUUGGAGCCUGCCAUCUUAGAAAACCAAGCAAAGCUCCUGGACCAGUGCGACGUCAUUGUAUACACAUAUGAUUCGUCCGAUCCGGAUUCCUUUGCUUACAUUCCCCAACUACGAGCAAAUCAUCCACAUCUUGAAGAGCUUCCCAGCGUAUUUGUCGCUCUCAAGGCCGACCUAGAUCGCACCACACAACGGGCCGAGCAUCAGCCCCAUGAAUAUACAGCUAUGCUGAAUAUGCCUAGUCCACCACUUCAUGUUAGUGCCACCUGGAGUUCCAUCCAGGAGGUCUUCGUCCACAUUGCUGAGGCGGCGAUGGAGCCUAGCACGGCUUUUCCUCGAAGCGAGGAAGAUGUCGAGGGCAAAUGGAUGGCUUGGGGUAUAGCCCUUGGCGCAGUGGUCUGUGCUGGAGCUGCUGCUGUAAUGAUCUGGCGCAGAGUGAGUGGUGGUGGAUAG